AUGUCCUCCCGGGAACCGUCACUCGCAGACAAAGAGGUCUUCUUCGCUGAGCUCUGGGCCCUAGGCGCUGACCUCAACAGCGAAGAAGAUGCCAUCGAUGAAGUUGAGGCCGAGCGAGGCCGGCGCUCAAGGUUGGCGCUCCAAGGCAGACCAUCGAGAAUCACCAAGUCAAACAAGCGCUCUAUGCCUCCUGCCUUCUCCGUCUCAAAGUCGCCAGUCUCUGCCUCGCACCCUCGAAGGACGGCCUCAUCCCCUCUCCCUGCAAAAGAACCGCCGGCCGCCAAGACCAUCGAGCGAACGCCUCUUGCCGCGAUGAGGAGGCCUGGGAAAGAAGCCGCAAAGGACUCGCCCUCGGUCGUCGAAGAGACGCCUAUCCCCGACUCGACACGUGCGCCGUGCCAACCCUUCCAUCUCCUGCGCACGACGUCCACGCCCAACCCGCCGAUGAGGCAGUUGCACCCGCCGCCGCACCGCGACGAGUCGCCGUCCCUCAACGCGACGGUGAAGAAGCGCAAGCGUGACGCCCCUGUCAAGCUCGUGCCCGCGCAGCAGCAGAUCUUCAGAGAGCAGCACUUCUUCUUUAUCCCCAACGACGACAUUGCCCCGGCGAGGCGCAUCCGCAUCCGCAAGGCGCAGGAGUAUGGCGCCUCGUGGACGCGCAGCCUCGACCGAGCCUCGCACGUCAUUGUCGACAAGGGCCUCUCGUGGAAGAACAUUGAGCCCAUCGUGACGUCUGCUGGUGGCGCCGGCACGGCCGUUGUCGUGAAUGAGACGUAUCCCCUCGACUGCAUCCAGUUUCGGAGCGUGUUGAACCCGAAGCAAAAACAGUACCUGGUCACGGGAUAUCCGAGCGAGCAGCUCGUCGAGGCACCAGGUGUGGCAGCCCCCUCUGAUGUGUCUGUGCCUGCGGGAUCGCCUGUGUCCCUGCAGUUGAAGCCGCCGCCGAACAACCCCAAACGCUUCGGUUACGUGCCGCCGCCCAGUACCUGCUCCCAGAGCGAGCAGUCGGUAGAGGAGGCACAGAACGAGCUGGCUGUGCCGGGGCCACCAGAAACACCCGCGGCCCACGAGGCAAAGAUGGAAGACGAGCUCGCAGAACUCAUCUCGCAGAUGCAGGAAUUUAGGGAUGUUCCCUCUGACUCUGAUGACGACAACGGCGACGGCGAUGCCCCCAUUGCAGGCUCCUCGGAGCCCCUUUCAGAUGCAGAACACUCCGACGGUGAACCGAGCGGCAAGAAGCAGAGGCCGGUGCGCGCCACCCGACGUAAACAGAUUGCCUGGGAGGAACGCUUUGCCUGCACCAGAGGCGGGCUCAAGGACGACGACGGCAAGAACCCCAACGCGCGCACCAUUGACAUGCUGCAGCACAUGGCCGACUAUUAUGGCCGCAUCAACGACACGUGGCGACCCAUUGCCUACCGCAAGGUCAUCUCGCUCCUCAAGCGGCAGACGCGCAAAAUAUCGACGGCUGCCGGGGCCAUCCGUCUGCCCGGCGUCGGUGCGCGGCUCGCCGACAAGAUUGAGGAGAUUGUCACGACCGACAGGCUGCGGCGCCUCGAGCACGCAGAGCGCGACCCGGCCGACGAGACGCUGCAGCGGUUCGUGCGCAUCUACGGCGUCGGCAACGCGCAGGCGAGCCGCUGGAUCGCCCAGGGGCACCGCACUCUCGACGACCUCCGAGCCAGGGCCGUGCUGUCGGCGAACCAGCGCAUCGGCAUCGACCACUACGACGACCUCAACACACGCAUCCCGCGCCGCGAGGUCGAGGCCCUCGCCGCCGUCGUCCGGUCGGCCGCUGCCGCCCUGGACCCCAGCGUCGAGCUCAUCAUCGGCGGCAGCUACCGCCGCGGCGCCGCGUCGAGCGGCGACAUUGACCUGAUCGUCACGCGCGAGGGCACGACCUCGACGCGCGAGCUGCUCCCGUUUCUGACGCGGCUGACGCGCACGCUCGAGGCGCGCGGGUUUCUCGUCGCGGCCCUGGCCACGUCGCGCGACGACGUCGCCGGCGGCGGCACAAAGUGGCACGGGUGCUGCGUGCUGCCCGAGCCGGAAGCCGCGCGUCUGCACUUGGGCGAGGGCGUGGGCUCCGAACGAGGCUCAGAUCCAGGCGCGCCCUCACCCGCGACGCCGUACCGUCCCGUGUGGCGCCGGAUCGACUUUCUCGUCGUGCCGGCGGCCGAGCUCGGGGCUGCGCUGCUGUACUUUACCGGCAACGACAUAUUCAACCGCAGCAUGCGGCUGCUGGCGGCGUGCAAGGGCAUGCGGCUCAACCAGCGCGGGCUCUACCGCGACGUCCUGCGGGGGCCGGACCGGGCCAAGGUGACCGACGGGGCGCUGCUCGAGGGGCGGGACGAGAGGCGCAUCUUCGCGCUGCUGAACGUGACGUGGCGCGAGCCGCACGAGCGGUGGUGCUGA